AAUAAUUUGUAAACUCCGCAGAGUACCUGUUUAUGAUUUCACCCAAACACAGCCCAACCUCUUAAGAGAGUCUGUUAUGCUUCUUCCUCUGAAAGUUCGGUCCUUUGGAACAUCCUUAAUAGUAAAUAGCACAGUGUCUGCAAAAGGGUGUUACUGAACUUCACAUUCUAUCUUAUAUUUUGACUUCUUUUUCCCGGGCAAUAGGAAAAGAUGAUCACUUUCGAGCAAUUUAGGAACAAAAACACGUUAAUAGGUCUUGGGUUGGGACAGUUUCUCUCUCUUCUGAUCACUUCAACUGGUUUCACCUCUUCUGAAUUGGCCAAAAAAGGGAUUAAUGCACCAACUUCACAGUCGUUUUUAAACUACGUGUUUUUGGCUAUUGUCUACGGGAGCAUUGUUCUGUACAGAAGGGAAGCACUUAAGGCAAAAUGGUAUUAUUACAUACUUCUUGGCUUGGUUGAUGUUGAAGCAAAUUUUCUCGUCGUGAAGGCGUAUCAAUACACAUCACUAACAAGUGUGAUGCUGCUUGACUGCUGGUCCAUCCCAUGUGUCAUGCUUUUUACGUGGAUUUUCCUAAAAACAAAAUAUAGAUUAUUGAAGAUAACCGGUGUACUUGUUUGCCUUGCCGGCCUUGUCCUGGUUGUAUUUUCAGAUGUCCAUGCAGGCGAUCGAGCAGGUGGAAGCAACCCUCGUAUAGGGGAUCUACUUGUUAUUGCUGGUGCUACAUUGUAUGCUGUCAGCAAUGUCAGCGAGGAGUUUCUAGUGAAAAAUGCUGAUAGAGUUGAGUUGAUGGCAAUGUUGGGUGUCUUCGGUGGCAUUAUCAGUGCCAUUCAAAUAAGCAUACUUGAGCGCAAUGAGCUAAAAUCUAUUCACUGGUCAGCUGGGGCAGCACUUCCUUUUGUUGGAUUUUCGGUGGCUAUGUUUUUGUUUUACUCUUUAGUGCCUGUCCUAUUAAAGAUCAAUGGUUCCACUAUGUUAAAUUUGUCUCUAUUGACGUCGGACAUGUGGGCAGUCUUAAUUCGCAUCUUCGCUUACCAUGAGAAGGUUGAUUGGAUGUACUAUGUGGCCUUUGGUGCUGUUGUUGUAGGUCUUAUUAUCUAUUCUGGUGGUGACACAAAUGAGAAUGAAGACCCUCUUCAUUUUGCUGAAGAUGCGAACCAAAGACAACAUGAUGAAGAAGCUACUACUUCAGGUAAAUCAUAGUAACAGCACCUAGGCCGGAUGCUCAAAAAAACUAAGCACGCCUUAAGAGGUGUUUGAAGGGUAAAACCUUGAGGAAGAGUCUCCUUCAAAGAUGGACAUUUUACUUGCAUUCCUAGAUUGCAAAACAAGAAGCAUUCAAUUUGUGUAGAUGGAAAUUUGAGUGUUUUGGACGGUUCUUUUAAUGUUUAUUCUAAAAUUCAGUCAGUAAUAAUAGCAUGCUAAAUUUAACAUUA